CCGAGCCGCUUGAUGCUAGCCAGCGACGCACACACAAGCUAACGCUCGGCUUCCUGGGCUCACAAACUAUAUUUCGCGUGUGUGUGUUUAAUUAGUUAUCUGCUACAAAAAAAUACAAGUAUGGUGAAUUCAACCGACUCGGCUGCACUUUCGAUAUAUACAUGUAAACAAAGUGUUUGUUGCUUAUGCAAUCCAUGACUGAACUCCCGAGGCAAGAUGGAGGACGCAAGGACGGGAUGUUUUUUUAGGUCACAUGCAACCACUUCUGGCCUUAAUUUUAUGAGGGUCUCCUGCCAGUCAUAAGUUGCAGUUGUCCAGAAGAUGUUACAGAAAUGAUAGCGGCACCAGAAUUACCGUCAGACUUCCCCUUCCCUCAGGACACAGACACCCGUUUCUCCUCAGACACAGACUUCUCAGAGGAGCCAGAUGGAAGAACUGCAGUCACAGUCUCACUUGCAGCCAAAGGAAAGGGAGGGAAGAAGGGGAAGAAGCCAGCAGGGGAGAAGGGGAAAGGAGCCAAGGGAACGGGGAGGCUCAAUGGCCACCAUCAGGAGAACGGCAUGGAGAACAUGAUGCUGUUCGAGGUGGUCAAACUGGGCAGGAGUGCGAUGCAGUCGGUUGUUGAUGACUGGAUCGAGUCGUAUAAAACAGACCGGGACGUUGCCCUCCUGGACCUCAUCAAUUUCUUCAUACAGUGCUCGGGAUGUAAAGGUGUGGUCAGUGGGGAGAUGUUCAGGAACAUGCAGAACUCUGAAAUCAUCAGACGAAUGACGGAGGAAUUUGACGAGGACAGUGGGGAUUACCCUCUGACUAUAGCAGGGCCACAGUGGAAAAGGUUCAAAACCAGCUUCUGCGAGUUCAUUGCUGUGUUGGUGCGCCAGUGUCAAUACAGCAUCAUCUACGAUGAGUACAUGAUGGACACUGUCAUCUCCCUCCUCACCGGACUGUCUGACUCCCAAGUCCGCGCGUUCAGACACACCUCCACACUGGCAGCCAUGAAGCUGAUGACGGCUCUGGUGAAUGUAGCGCUGAACCUAAGCAUCAACAUGGACAACACCCAGCGCCAGUACGAGUCCGAGAGGAACAAGAUCGUGGCCAAGAGGGCCAACGAUCGCCUGGAGCUGCUCCUACAGAAACGCAAGGAGCUCCAGGAAAAUCAGGACGAGAUCGAAAACAUGAUGAAUGCCAUCUUCAAAGGAGUGUUUGUUCAUCGAUAUCGCGAUUCUAUAGCAGAAAUCCGAGCCAUCUGUAUAGAAGAGAUCGGGGUAUGGAUGAAACUAUACAGCGACGCCUUCCUCAACGACAGCUAUCUGAAGUAUGUGGGAUGGACCAUGCACGACAAGCAAGGAGAGGUGCGUUUGAAGUGCCUGACCGCACUGCAGGGUCUGUACUACAACAGAGAGCUCAACACGAGACUGGAGCUGUUCACCAGUCGCUUUAAGGACCGCAUUGUCUCGAUGACCCUCGACAAGGAGUACGACGUCGCAGUACAAGCUAUUAAACUUCUCACCCUUGUCUUGCAUAGCACAGAUGAGGUGCUGAGCCCGGAGGACUGCGAGAGCGUCUAUCACUUGGUCUACUCUGCUCACAGACCGGUCGCCAUAGCAGCCGGGGAGUUCCUCUUCAAAAAACUCUUCAGCCAACGGGAGCCAGAGGAGGAGGGCGCCCCCAAGAGGAGAGGAAGACAAAGCCCCAACGCAAACCUCAUCAAGACCACUGUCUUCUUCUUCCUCGAGAGCGAGCUCCACGAGCACGCGGCCUACCUGGUGGAUUCCCUGUGGGAGUGUGGCGCAGAGCUUCUCAAGGACUGGGAGUGUAUGACCAGCCUACUGCUAGACGACCCUCUGCCGGGAGAAGAAGCUCUGACAGACAGACAGGAGACGGCUCUGAUUGAGAUCAUGCUGUGCACGGUUCGUCAGGCGGCCGAGUGCCAUCCCCCUGUUGGCAGAGGCACCGGGAAGAGGGUCAUGACUGCUAAGGAGAAGAAAACGCAGCUGGAUGAUAGAACCAGAAUAACAGAGCUUUUUGCAGUGUCGUUGCCCCCUCUACUGGCCAAGUACGCAAUGGAUUCGGAGAAGGUGACUAACCUGUUACAGCUCCCUCAGUUCUUCGACCUUGAGAUUUACACCACAGGACGUCUAGAGAAGCACCUGGAGUCUCUGCUGCGUCAGGUCAGGGAGAUCGUGGAGAAGCACACCGACACGGAUGUCCUGGAGGUCUGCUCCAAGACCUACCACGCCCUCUGCAACGAGGAGUUCACCAUCUUCAACCGGGUAGACAUCGCGCGCUCCCAGCUCCUAGACGAACAGGUGGACAAGUUCAACCGGCUCCUGGAGGACUUCCUGCAAGAGGGUGAGGAGGUGGAUGAGGACGACACCUACCAGAUUCUCUCCACUCUGAAGAGGAUUACCGCUUUCCACAAUGCACAUGACCUUUCCCAGUGGGACCUCUUCACCAGCAACUUCAAGCUGCUCAACACUGGCAUCGAGAACGGGGACAUGCCAGAGCAGAUCGUGAUCCAGUCACUGCAGUGCACUCACUAUGUGAUCCUGUGGAACCUGGCCAAGCUCUCCGAAGGCAGCUCCAGAAAGGAGGAUAUGGUCACCCUUAGGAAGCAGAUGAGAGCGUUCUGCUUGAUGUGCCAGCGCUAUCUCACCAACGUCAACACGGCGGUCAAAGAGCAGGCCUUCACCAUCCUGUGUGAUGUGCUGCUCAUCUUCAGCCACCAGAUGGUGUCAGGUGGCCGGGAGCACCUAGAGCCACUCGUCUAUUCUCCCGAAGACUCGCUGCAGGUGGAGCUGCUCUCCUUCAUCCUCAACCACGUCUUCAUCGACCAGGACGAGGAGACCAACAGCACAGAUGGGCAGCAGGACGACGAGGCAGGAAAGAUAGAAGCGCUGCACAAGAGAAGGAACCUGCUGGCCGCGUACUGCAAGCUCAUCAUCUACUGCGUGGUGGAGAUGAAGACGGGUGCGGACAUCUUCAAGCAGUACAUGAGGUAUUACAACGACUACGGCGACAUCAUCAAGGAGACGAUGAGUAAAACUCGGCAGAUCGACAAGAUCCAGUGCGCCAAGACGCUCAUCCUCAGUCUGCAGCAGCUCUUCAACGAGAUGCUGUCAGAGCUGGGUCACGGCUUCGACCGCUCCUCCUCGUCGUUUUGCGGCAUCAAAGAGCUGGCCCGUCGCUUCUCGCUCACCUUUGGUCUGGACCAGGUCAAGACCAGGGAUGCCAUUGCCAUGCUGCACAAAGACGGGAUAGAGUUUGCGUUCAAGGAGCCGAGCCCCCAGGGAGAAGGCAACCCUCCCCUUCACCUGGCUUUCUUGGACAUCCUCAGCGAGUUCUCCUCCAAGCUGAUGAGACAGGACAAGAGGACUGUCCACAUGUACCUGGAGCGCUUCAUGACGUUCCAGAUGGCCCUGCAGCGCGAGGACUGCUGGCUCCCCCUCAUCUCCUACCGCAACUCCCUGCAGGCGGGAGGCGACGACGACACCAUGUCGGUGAUGAGCGGCUACUCGAGCCGCGGCUCCUCUGUGCGCUCCAAGAAGGCCAAGCCCACCGCCGCCACCAGUGUGGCCGCCGCCGCCGCAGCCGCCGCCGCCGCCGCCACCGCCGCCAAGCGGAAGCUUCCAGAAGAGGAGAGCAGCAGCAGCAGCGAGGUGUGGCAGCAGAGCCUGCAGACGCCGGUGAUGAUGCCCUCGCCCCACCUCACCUCCACCGCCAUGCGCGAGCCCAAGAGGGGCCGCGACGACAGCUACAUGGGCGUGUACCCCCUGCCCCACGACCAGCAGACCCCCCACCCGCACACGCCGCAGCACCAUCCACAGCAGACGCCGCAGCACAUCCAAACCCCCAUGGACUACAAUUCUCAGGUGACGUGGAUGCUGGCCCAGAGGCAGCAGGAGGAGGCGCGGCAGCAGCAGGAGAGAGCCAUGAAUUACGCCAAGCUCAGGACCAACCUGCAGCACGCUAUUCGCCGUGGUACCGGGCUCAUGGAGGAGGACGAGGAGCCCAUCGUGGAGGACGUGAUGAUGUCUUCUGAAGGCCGGCUGGACGACCUCAACGAGGGCAUGGACUUUGAUACUAUGGACAUAGAUCUGCCUCCGUCUAAGAACCGCCGCGAGCGCUCAGAGCUGAAGCCAGACUACUUCGACCCGGCUUCUAUCAUGGAUGAAUCGGUCCUUGGAGUGUCGAUGUUUUAAACAGAUAUUAAAGAAGCUGGGAGAAGAGUGGAGGCGGCUUUGUAUUUAAAGAGUUUUAGAUGCGAAAGCUGAAGUGUGUAUCCUGUAGAGAGAACAUUUCUGGCUUGUGCUCCACGUGGACCAAGGACCCCCACGCUCAGUGUUGCUUGCUCAGAGAGGACUUUGUUUCAAAUAUUUACUUUUUAUAACCUUGGGUAAGCUCUUCCUGCUCGGAAUCCAUAGUGACAGGCCACUACCAAACCUAUUAGAGCUCAGACAUGUCUAAAUAAAAAUCCAUACUAGUCCUUUUCCUUUUUUUUUGGCUUUUUUUUUUUUUUUCUCAAAUGGGGAUGGAUUGGUGUGUUAACUUAAGAAAAACUUUUUUAUGUCUAACCCUUUUUAUAAUAGUAGUAAGUAACCAGGUGUGAAGUAGUAAUUUAUAAACGGACUGUAGUAGCUUGCUUGUAAUGUGUUAGCCAAAAGGACGGAGGUCUUUAUUUUAUAUUUUUCAUUUAUUUUGCCCCCCUCUGGUUUAUAAGUUUCUAACCCCCACCCUUAAUGGUUGGACCUGAUGUGUGGUCCCAGUCACCUCUGGUGGUUCCCAUGGUGAGUUGUAACUGUAGAAUCAGUCAGGACCCCUUUAGUGCUGUGAAUGUCCCUGAGACUCGGCUAAACGCUACUUUACAGUUUAAACAGUAAGCGUUUAACGCUCACCCAAAGAUUCGGAUCACUCCCUACACCUACGUCCCACUGAAAUGCAUCCCCCCGUCAUCACAAAGUGAGCUGAUUUCUUUCCUGGUAGUGCCACUGUGUGGAGUAUGAAAAAACAGUGCAUUUGAAGAAAAUAUCCUCUUUUUUUUUUUUUCUCUUUGAAAUCCAGCAUAAUAAUGUUGAAAUGGGUAUCUACAUUUUAAAUAAAGUUAUAUAUGAAUUGGUGCUGAUUUUAUAAAUGUGCUAUUAUUUUUUUCUUAUUUUCAAAUUUUCAACCGACGGUCACAAAGUUUGAGAAAUGUGUAAGAAAAAAAUAAAAAAUCAAGAGCAUGUGAGUCCAUGCACCGAGAAAGAUUUUUAAAUUUGUAUUUUUAUGGUUUGUCUUGAUAAUGUCUUUGGGUUUCUACCUUUUUUCCUACAUGUAAAAUAGUUUGGAUAAAACUAAUGGGGAUGAUUUGUGAAAUUCAGCUUUAAGGUUUUUCUCAACGUGGGGAAGAUAAAAAAAAAAAAAAAAGUCCUGUCACAAAAUACUUCUAAUUUCAAAUGUUAAAACCGAAGCUAGUCAAUCGGACCCUCCUGAAGGUGAACGUUUAUUCAGCAGUGCUCUGGCAGCUAGACAAAGCUUAGAUUUUGACAACUACUUGUCGUACACACAAGUUUUAUUGCGAUGUUUUGUCUACUGAGAUAUUUUACUUUGUAGUCAUUCCAUGCCUAAGCCUUAAACAUGCUAGUGGAGAUCACCUUCUCUCACCGUAAUAUUCCAUGUCAGAGGAUCAUGUUCAUGUUUAAGGGGGAUAAUUGGCUUCUUAUAACAUGAAACGUGAAGGGGCUGGGCGUAUUGUGAUAAAGUAGAUGAACAGCCAGUGUGUGUGCGUGUGUAUGGUGUGUGUGUGUGUGUGUGCGUGCGUGCGUGUGUGUUUUGCCUAAUUAUUUUAUGUAAGUAAAAAAAAAAAAAAUCUUUUAAGGAAGAAAAGUACUGUUUAUUGUUUGUUACUUUACCUACCACUAAAAUGGUAUAAAUUCUUAUUGGAUCACGUGUACAUAUAUACAAAAUUUCAAGCUUUAUUUUUCUUUUACCUCUCAAACCAUUUCUUGUGUUUUACAUUUUGUUUUGUUUCCUCUGCACUCUUUUAGUUUCAUGCUCGGUUGUCUAUAUCCCAUUCUCUUUCACUCACUCUGUUUCUGAUUUGUACUUGUCUGGAGACUUUUGAAUAAAAAUCUACACAUUUCA